CCUGCAGAUCAGGCACACAGAGGGACGGUCAGGCAGAGGAGUCCUGGCUGAGAGUGUGGCCCGAGGCUGCCCAGUGGAGGGGCAGUGGUGUGGUUCUGAUGGAUGAGGAGGCAGGGGCGGCAGUGGAGGUCUGCGGACUGUCCCCCAACGUGCCAGAUGAGCUGCUCAUGCUCUACUUCGAGAACCAGCGACGAUCUGGUGGGGGGCUUGUGUUGAGCUGGCAGAGACUUGGCUGUGGGGGCAUCCUCACCUUUCAAGAGCCUGCAGAUGCCAAGAGGGUCUUGGCCCAGGCAAAGCAUGAGCUACAUGGUGCCCGGCUGAGCCUGCGGCCAGCUCCACCACCUGCUCCUGGACGUCUGCUUCUCCAAGGACUGCCCCCUGGCAUUGCUCCCCUGCUUCUGGAGCAGCAUGUCCAGGCCCUACUGUGCACUGCAGGGCUCCCAGUGCAGCCCUGCUGCGCCUUGGCCAGCCCCCGGCUGGACCGGGCCUUGGUCCAGCUAUCCAGGCCCCUUUCUGAGGCAGAAGUCCAUAUCCUAGAGGAGCAGGCCCAGAAUCUGGACCUGGAGGGGGCCUCAGUGUCGCUGGCCCAGGUGCCCCAGGCCCGAGCUGUGCGUGUGGUGGGGGGCACCCUCCCUGUGGACCUGGUGCUGCUGGAGCUGUACCUGGAGAAUGAGCGCCGCAGUGGUGGGGGACCUCUGGAAGGCCUGCGCACCCUACCUAGGCAUCUAGGCAUUGUCGUCAACUUCCAGCAGUGGCAGGUGGCUGAAAGAGUGCUGCAGCAGGAUCACAGGCUGCAGGGCUCAGAGCUGAUCCUUGUUCCCCAUUAUGACAUACUGGAGCCUGAGGAGCUUGCUGAGGACACCAGUGGAGGCGACCAUCUGUCUAAGUCAGGGUCUGAGGCCACUAAGCAUGAGAAUGCUCUCCUGAAGGCUGGAGGGCUGACAGGGACACUGAAGCAUACAGUGACUCUGACAGUGGGCUCUAGGGAGACACCAGGGCAAGUAGGGGCCUCUCUAAGGACUGGUCCAAUGGGAUCUGUGGUACAGGCCAGGCCAGUCAGCUUGGGAACUGUGGAGUCUCUGGAGCAGGAAGGGCCCACGAACCUGGCGACUGUGGGGUCUUCAGAGCAGACUGGGCUGGUGAGCCUAGAUCCCACGGAGUCUCCUUCCCUGGGGGAGAUCUCUGUGGGGAUGCUGGGACAGGAAGCCCUGGUGGAAAUUGCCAUGGGCUUACCAGGGCAGGAGGGGCUGGUGGGUCCAGUGGAGAUUGCUUCGGGGUCUGUGGAGGAGGCAGGGCCAAUGAGCCCACAGCAUAUGGGGCUGCCAGAGCAGGAGGGCAUGGUAGAAACAGUGCUGUCGAUGGAGCCUGGGGCGAUGCGGUUCCUGCAGCUCUAUCAUGAGGACCUUCUUGCUGGCCUGGGUGAUGUUGCUCUCUUCCCACUUGAAGGAACAGACGUGACUGGAUUUCGGCUCUGUGGAGCCCUGGCUCCAUGCCAAGCAGCUGAAGAGUUCCUGCAGAGUCUGCUGGGCAGCCUUAGUUGUCAUGUGCUGAGACUGAAGCACCCAGGCAGUGCCAGGUUUCUGCUGGGCCCAGAGGGACAGCACCUUCUUCAAGGGUUGGAGGCUCAGUUCCAAUGUGUCUUUGGGACAGAGCGUCUGGCCAGGGCCACCCUGGACACAGACUCUGAAGAGGUGGACCCCACUGAAGACCUUCUAGUCCUCUCUGGCCGCACUCACACCCAGUGGCCCCCAGAUAGUAUAGGCAGUGACCAGAAGAACGUGAGCCUGGAGGAAGUCCAAGAGCGGCUAGCCACCCUGGAGGGUCUGGAUGGGGAGGACUGGCUGCCUCCAGAGCUGGAAGAAGAGGUGCCUGAGGAGCAGCCAAAAGAGGAAGUGACUCCAGGACACAAGGAAGGGGAUCCUGUGGCCCCUAGUACUGGGGCACCUAGGCAGCUGGAGGAGGAGGCUGCGUUGCAGCUGGCCCUCCACCUGUCACUGGAGCCUCAAGACCAGGUGGCUGAGCAAGAGGAGGCUUCCGCCAUACAGCAAGCCCUGGCUCUCUCCCUGCUGGAUGAACCAGUAUCAGAGGCACCACUAUCAGAGGCAGAAGAGCCCCUAGGUGGGGCAACUGAUGGCAGGGCCCAGCUGGUGGUCCACACAGCCUUUGAGCAGGACAUAGAUGAGCUGAACCAGGCACUAGAGACUGCAUUGGAGGAACAUCUCCAUGAGGAGACAGUGAGUCUUCAGGGCCAUAUGCUGUCUGCAGAGCUGUGUGCUCGCCUUGAGCGGUGCCAUGGUGUGAGCAUUGCACUGCUCGAGGACUGCACCAUCCUCCGUGGCUUUGGAGCCCAACCCACCCGCGCAGCCCGCCAUUUAGCUAUACUUCUGGCAGGACCCUGGGAUCAUAAUUUGGCCUUUCCCUUGGCAGCUUCAGGCCCCACCUGGCCAGAGCAGGGCCUGAAGGAGCCCUCAAGUAGGCUGGAGCAAGUGGCAGAAGGCACUAGGGAGUUCCAGGAAGUGGUGCAGGCCUUCUACGACACCCUGGAUGCUGCUCACAGCAAGAUCUGCAUCAUCCGGGUGGAGCGUGUGUCGCACCGGCUGCUGCAGCGGCAGUACGAGCUGCACCGGGAGCGCCUGCUGCAGCGCUGUGCCCGGCGCCCGGUGGAGCAGGUCCUGUACCACGGCACGACGGUGGCCGCGGUGCCCGACAUCUGCGCACACGGCUUCAACCGCAGCUUCUGUGGCCGCAACGGCACGCUCUACGGGCAGGGUGUUUACUUCGCGAAGCGCGCCUCCUUGUCGGUGCAGGACCGAUACUCGCCACCCAACGCCGAAGGCCACAAGGCGGUGUUUGUGGCACGGGUGCUGACCGGCGACUACGCGCAGGGCCGCCGCGGUCUGAGGGCGCCCCCGCUGGGCCCUCCGGCCACGCCCUACUUCGCUACGACAGCGCGGUGGACUGCCUUGGCCAGCCCAGCAUCUUCGUCAUCUUUCACGACACCCAGGCGCUGCCCACCCACCUCAUCACCUGCGAGAACACGCCCCGGGCUUCCCCAGAGGACUCCUUGGGCCCCUUGGGCCACUCCCCAGCCACCUGACCGAAGAGGCCGCCCUCUGGUGUCCUCCUUCCUGGGAGGACGACCCUGCCUCCUGCUGCGCAGGUUGGGGGGGGUGGUGGUGGUGAAGGACCAGGCAGUGGCAACGAACAAGGAGGGCCGGGGCGGUCCCUGCCUGGUUGACCCAACCACCAGGGGUCAGCAGAGCCCAAGACCCGGCCACCACCGCCCGUCUCGGAGUGCGGCUCUGUUGUUUGAAUAAACGUAGGUGAAGUCA